AUGCCUAGCCUGUCCUCGUUCUUGAGCUCCCCAAUUUCUGCCGAGCACACCACCACCACAACUGAACAGGAUGAGGUUCUUCCUCACUUUACUCAUCAGUCACCCAUUCUUCCGGCAGCAAAUCAUCCUGCAUAUGACAGCACAGAAGACCUUGACAGCAUUCAUACUGGUGCUGGUCUUCCUAAGUCUAAGCGCAAGUGCAAGUCGAAGCUCCUGGCUGCCAAAGUCAAUUGCAAUCCUGCUAUAGAACCUACCCCCACCAUCACGCCCAUGAACACGGCCAAACCCAAAGCAAAACCUCUCACCAAGUCUGGUGCAGUAAUGGAGACAUUGCACGCUACUGCUGAUGAAGGCAAUGUAUUGGGUCAUUUGACUGCCCCCAAUACCACCACGAAACGGAAUCCGGCAGUCGAUAUCGGUGCAGCUCCUCGUGUAUCAAAGCGAAUUCCAAUCAAGUCCAGGUGGAAUGAUGUCACUGACGCUAUCGGGUCAGAUGGUUCGACAUUCGUUGGUGUUGGUAGGGACGAUCCACCUGUUCUGGAGGAUGUUGGGGCAUCAAUGACGAAGUGUCCUCCCAACUCGACUAUGGGCAGCAUGAUUCCUGCAAAGAAAAGGUGA